GCACCAGUUACUCAUUCGUUAUUUCAUAUCUUGAAAAAUAGUAUUAUCUGACAUUAUUAUCUGAAACAGAGGAAGUGUAGAAAAAUCUAAACGCAGCUGUAGUGUAUAUAAAUCUAUGAAUGACAUGAUGGAACUACGCACAUACAUACAGAUGUGACAUUUUCAAUGCAGCUUAGAAAACAAUGAUAAUAUUGCGCGUAUUUAGUAGCGAGUUGUUGCAUUUCCUUAUGCUAAUGCGUUCUUAAUAAAAAUAUGUGUAAAAAUGUAUAAAGUGGUACCACUAUUUUGAUAAAAUAUUUGCUCCAGGCUUAAGAGAAAGCAUUUCUCAGAUACAAUUGCUAUGAUAAUCUUGACAAAAUAAAAUGAAAAGAAUAAACUUUAAGAAAAUUUAAUUGGAAAGAUUUUCUAAACAUGUAUUUAAAAAACAUUACUUGAUAACUACAUACUAGUCAAGGUUAUAUAGGAAAGCCUAUUGUAUUCUGUUAUAUGCUGAUUCAUACAUCAAUUCUAAUAAUUUAUUCAUCAUACUUUUAUGACUUUCCAUGACUUUCAUUGCGUAGUUUAUGUGUACAAAACAUAUGCACUAUGUUAUUGAUUACAUUAAAACAAAGGAUUUUAUUUGAGAUUUAAAAAUGAAAAGCGACAUCAGAACUUUUGGCUUGCUUUUAUAUAAAAAUUUAAUAGUUAGAAGAAGACACUGGAAAACAACAAUAUUUUUACAAUGUCUGAUACCAGUUGCCUUGUUUAUGUUGAUACAAGCUGUGAGAGAUUUUAGUGUGCAACCACCUCGUGUAGUCAAUGAAAGUACAUAUUAUCCCAUAGAAACCAAAGAAGAAUUGACGGUAAUAAAUAGAGAUUUUACAUUUUUGUAUUAUGUACCACAGAAUUUGUAUACAGAAACUAUUUUGGAAGAUGUCCGAAUGUGUUUAAAAUUGUUACAUGAAAAUGUAGUUGGUUUUUUAACUGAAGAUGAUAUGGUUAAUACUUAUACUUUGUUACAAGCUGAAUAUCCUACUAUACAAGUAUUAGCGCUUGUAUUUGAACAAUAUAAUACAACUGAUAUAAGAUACAAAAUCAGACAUUCCUUUAAAAUUCCAAAUAUGUUAUACCAAGAUAUAUUUGAUGAAAUGACAUAUAAUUCGCAUACUGUAUAUUUACAAGCCAUGCCAUUUGUACAGUUACAAAUGUGUGUUGAUGAAACUUUUAUAUAUCGCACAGCAUCACAUCCUAUAAUAGAUACAAAGGUGUCAAUACAAAGAAUGCCUUAUCCUCCAUAUGUUAAAAUAGAUGAAUUUGAUAUAAUAUUAAGACUGGUGAUAUGUAUGUUUGCAGUUAUUGCUUUUCUGAUUCCACUUUGUGUAGAAAUAAACUAUGCAACAACAGAGAAAUAUAUUGGUGUAAAUGUUUUGAUGGCAAUGAAUGGCGUAAAAGAAUAUCAAAGUUUAUUAAGUUGGUUGGUCAUUGGCAUUAUAUUUAGUAUUUUUUAUGUGAUACCAAUGACAGUACUAUUUAAAAAUACCUUUUCUGCAAAUGUAGAACCAUACUUGUAUUAUAGCAAUACUUUUAUAUUUUGGCUAAUACUUACAGUACAUGUUACUCAUUUAAUAUCAUUUGGUAUGCACAUUGCUGCAUAUUUUUCAAGACCACGUUUUGUGAUAACGACACUGUCAAUUGUUUAUAUGGCUGCUUUUUCACUUCAUGGAAAUUUGAUAAGAAUAGAAGUCUUCUCAGUAAUACCAUAUCUGGGAAUAUUGUUUCCUAAUAUAAUGUUAUACAGAUUUCUUGAAGAAGUAAAUGCAUAUGAGGCUAAAGUAACUGGUAUUCAAUGGUCAAACAUGUUUGUUGUUGGAGAUUCACAAUAUAAUAUUAUUGGGUGCAGUGGAUUUAUACUUCUCUUCUCUAUUAUGGGAGCUUUAUUACAUUUUUUCCUCGCUGUAUAUAUUAAUGCUAUAUUGCCAGGAAGAUAUGGAGUUCGUAAAGAUCCACUUUAUUUUUUGAAGAAAAAUAAAAUAAAUUUUGAUGAUGAUAUAGAAGAGUUUGACUAUGAAAGCAUAGACAACGAAAAUUUUGAGUCAGUUGCAAAAGAUGUAUUUACUUCUGGAAUACAAAUUCGCAAUCUUAAGAAAACAUACAAAAGUAUUUGUUUACGAAAAUCAGAAGUCCAAGCUUUAAAAGGAAUUUCAAUGGACUUAUACAAAGGACAAAUUACAGCUUUAUUAGGACACAAUGGAGCUGGGAAAACUACACUUAUGUCUAUUCUGACAGGCAUAAUGAGUGCAACUGAAGGAAAAGUUUUCAUAAAUGGUCAAAAUAUCGCAAGAAAUUUGCAAUCUAUUAGAAACAAUUUGGGCUUAUGCCCUCAAGAAAAUAUGGUUUUUCCGUAUUUGAGUGUAUUUGAACAAUUAGAAUUCUUUGGUCUACUGAAAGGUGCAAAUAAAAAGCGACAAGAAAUCAAACGUAAUGUUAAUACUCUACUUGAGAAGCUGAAAUUAUGUGAAAAAAAGGAUGUUCUUCCAAAUACGUUGUCUGGAGGACAAAAGAGAAGAUUAUGUCUUGGAAUGGCUCUUAUUGGUGAUGCUAGUACCAUUAUUCUAGAUGAACCAACGUCGGGAAUGGAUCCUGAAACUAGAAGAGAUAUAUGGGAUAUUAUAUUAAAAAUAAGAGGGAAGAAAACAAUUUUAAUUAGUACACAUAAUAUGGAAGAGGCUGACAUACUUGGAGAUCGAAUUGCCAUUGUACAUGGAGGGCGGUUAAAAUGUUAUGGCACAUCAAUGUUUUUGAAAAAACAAUAUGGUUAUGGUCAUAUAGAAGUUACUUUGUCAACAAAAUCAUGGUGCAAUGCAGAUAAAGUUAUAAAUAAAUUUGAUCCAAAAACGCAACAAAUAAGCAUUGAUAGUGAGAAAAUCGUCUUAAGCGUACCUAAUACUGAAACUUUACCACAAUCUUUGGAUAAAGUUGAAAACCAGAAAAAGAAUCUGGGAGUUACAGGGAUUAGUGUAUCGCUUAUCACAUUAGAAGAAGUAUUCUUAAGAGUAAUUAAAAAUGAGGAUACUGGAAAACAUUUGAACGAAUUAUUCUGUCCUCCAUCGCAAAAAGUAGAAGGCUGGAGCUUAUUUAUACAAUCAAUUUUGGCACUAUAUCAUAAGAAAUUGAUAUAUACUAAAAAGAAUUUGACUAAUCUAUUACUAACAUUGUUUUUACCACUUUUGUCGGCCGUAUUAAUAGGUUUCAGUUAUGAUACACCUAGUGAUUCAACAAAUGUAUUUCCUCUAGAACUCAAUAUGUAUAGACAUCCAAAAGUUCUAUAUUCUUCUACAAACAAAACCAUUAGCACGGAGUAUGCAAAUAUAAUAAAAUAUUUUGGUGGAUUCGCAAAAGAAGUGAAACAAAAUACAAGCGUUACACAAGCCUUAUUGGACGAGGCGGUCGACAAUAUCGCAGAGUAUCGUAAUAAUUAUAUCGUUUCUGCGGAAUUUAAUAUUUCUGACGAAGUCUUAUUUGUUAAUGGUUUUUAUUCUGGAAUUGCAAUUCACAGUAUACCUUUAACUUGGAAUUUAUUAUCAAAUGUGCUAAUUAAAAGCAUGGCUGGUGAUGAAUACUCUAUUGAUCUUUCAAGUCAGAAAUUACCAAAUGCUUUGUCUGAAACAAUGUUAAAGAUGCCAGAAGUUGACUCAUUGACGAGAACACUAGUUUUUUGUUGUUUCUUCUUUAAAACUGUUGCACUUUUCGUUGUUCACCCUUUUCAGGAAAUGGAAAGCAAAAUGAAGCAACUUCAGAGAAUGACUGGAGUUAGUUCUUUUUCAUAUUGGCUUACUAUGUUUACUUUCGAUUUCGUAGUUCUUGCAAUGUCUAUAUUUAUUAUCAUAACGGGAUUCUAUAUUAUGGAUGUUAUUUUGGAUAUACGGCUGUAUUACAAGAUAGAAAUAUUGACGAUGAUAUUAUUAUUGCUACUUUUUGGCAUGAAUUCUUUGCUCAUAUCAUAUAUCUUUAGUUUUAUAAACAAACAAAGAAGUACCGUAAUAACUAUUUUAACUCUUGUACCAAUUGGAUUGGUUUUAUUACAAUAUCUUUUCCAUCAAGUGACCCAUACGUUUAAUCGCUUAAAAAUUCUUCAUUCAUUUCAAAAAGGAAUAUUUCGUUUAAUACCUCACGUGAGCCUAUUUCAUGGUCAAUUAUCUUUCUUUAACGUAUCCAUACAGAACGCGAGAUGUCGUCGAUUACCAAAUCGACUACAAGAAGUAGUUUGUUUGGGUACCAAGGAUAUUUGCUGUGAGGAAAAUUUACAUUAUAAAUUGUAUGCUAAAAUAUUUAAACAAAAUUUGAAGAAUCCAUGUGAUAUACAAGAUGAGCAAGUGAAAAAGGAGAAGCAUGCAGUGGCGUUAGAAAUUAGAAAAUUGAAAAACCGUGGUGCGAAAAAAAUCAUCGAGGAACCAACUAAAACAGUUACUAGUAUCGAAAAUAAUUACAUACAAAGCCCAGAGAUUAGUAACGAUAGUCUGUUCUUAGUUUAUGAAUUAAGUAAAUAUUAUGGGAAGUUGAUGGCAGUACAGGAAAUUAGUUUCCGAGUGAAGCAACGAGAGUGUUUUGGACUGCUUGGCGUUAAUGGCGCUGGGAAGAGCACCACAUUUAGAAUGUUGACUGGUGAAGAAGUACCAAACAGUGGAGCAAUGUACUUAGGAAAAUCAGAAAUUCAUACUGAUAGAAAAAAUUAUCUUGCUCAAAUGGGAUAUUGUCCACAAACUGAUGUAUUACUCAAUUCCUUGAAUUCAUUCGAUCAUUUGCGACUGUUUGCAUUGCUUCGCGGUAUCCCCAGAAAGAAAGUGGAUCUAGAAGUUAACAAAUGGAUUAAUAGACUUAAUUUAAAUGCUUGUAUGCAUCAACCAAGUGGUACUUAUAGCGGAGGGAAUAAACGACGUUUGAAUAUUGCAAUGGCACUUAUUGGGAAUCCAACUCUCGUUUUAUUGGAUGAACCAACGACGGGAGUUGAUCCAGCGGCUAGGAGAUCGCUGUGGAAUAUUCUUCAGUCCUGUCAAACAAUAGGACAAGCUAUUAUACUCACUUCUCACAGCAUGGAAGAAUGCGAAGCUUUGUGCAACAGACUAGUCAUUAUGGUGAAAGGUCAAUUGGUUUGCAUCGGUGCAAGUCAGGAAUUGAAGCAACGAUUCGGCGCUGGUUACGAUAUUCACAUUAAAUUAAAUCCCAGUCGAACGGACGAUGAUGUCAGCGAUAUAAAAAAUAUUAUGGAGUCCUCUUUAUCGUGUGAAAUUAGGGAUGAGAAUUUGUGUCUUAUCGCGUAUCAUGUGAGUAAUAUUGGUACGACCUGGGAGAAAAUGUACAGUACAAUGAAUAAUUUGAAAGUACAAUACAGUUGUAUUGAAGAUUACGCUGUUUUAUCAGCUACGUUGGAACAGCUUUUCAUUCAAUUCGCCAGAGGAAACGAAUUGACAAAAUCUACUGUAGAUUCUACUACUCAAACUAUUGAUGUAUAAACACCAUGUGAUAUUUAACAAAAUUAUUUAAAAUUUUCUUUUCUCUAAUGUACAAAUUUAAUGCGUGGAUUUACAUAGUAGUCUGUGUAUCGUGUCUUAAUAUAUAAUCAGUUCUUCAAGUUUUCUUUUUCUAGAUUCUAUCCUCUAAAGAAAUAUUUUAAAAAGUUAUAUCGAAAAUAUAAUAAUAUAAAUGUAAAUUAUGUCACAAUAUAAUUGUUUAUGUUAAUAAAGGAUGCUUAAAAAUGUCGCCGAACAAAUACUUUCUGUGGACAGAAUUCAAUAGCAAUGUUGUGAAAAGGAAAGUAAAAACUUGGAACAAUACAGGGAACAAAAAGAAACAUCAUAAAUAAAGUUCUCAUAUUUUAUAUAAAUAAAAAAGUUACAUAAAUGAUAUAUUCUUAUGUACAUACGUCCGCCUUUAAAUGAUAUUACUGCAAUGGAACAAAA